AUGUCUUGCCGGCUACGGCCGGCACUUGUGGCAUGUGUUCUCGUCUCGGUGCCGCUGCUGCACUGCGAGAUCUUGCUGGACCGGCCAGAUUCGCAGUACAAGGGCAAUUCAUCAAACUGCACGAAGCUAUUUGUUGCGACCCCGCCCUUCGAUGCAGGAACCAAGGUCCACGGCCUGAAUGCAGGAAUUCAUCCCAGGAACCAGGACUCAAAAGCAGAUAUGCUCUCGAUACGGGCUAUCUAUUAUGAGCCGCGUCCUGUCGGGUUGAGCCCGGGCCUGGACAAUGAUCUCUACACUGCGGCUUUCAGCAACAUGCAUGAGCGCGACUUGUACAUCAUGCGGAAUAUUCUCCAUGCGAAUGCUGUCAGGAUUGCGCCUUGGGACUCGGAUCAAAACCAUUCUGCCUUCUUGCGGGCCUGCAAAAAGUAUGGAAUGUAUGUGAUCCCGACCUUUGACCUGGGCUAUUUCAUGUCCACCGAAGCAAGGAUGUCUCCUUUCAGCAAGAGGCAGGCCGAGGUAUGGAAGGGCUUCCAGAAGUUCUUGCAUCAGGCACUUCAGGAUGCUGCAGAAGCCGAAGAGCUGCUCCUCAUGUGGACCAUCAACUUCGGGCUCAAUCUCAACGAAACAACAGAUCAAGGUCCACGGUCAAUUUCUAUCCUGUCAGACAUCCGUGAUGAGUAUUUCCAGAUGCUGCGCGUCAUCCGAUCAGCUCAGUGGCUCCAGGAGUGUGGGCCGGCAAGAGCUUCCUGCACUGGAGAUCGCUUCAAACGACCACUAGGUGUGCCGCUGUUAUUGGACACGACCAUGCGACAAGAUAACAUCGGGUGGUAUCUUGGGUUUGCUGAAACUGUGUGGGGAACAUGGCCGGUAGAUGAGCUGUCGCUGCGUAUCGACGAGAAGACCUUUAACCACCUUCGGCCGAUGGGAGCUUUCGAUGCCUGGAUCGUCCAGUCCCAGCCUCCCACCAGUCGACAGGGACAGACGGACCUGGAGCAACAGCUGAAGUGGUUCAAUGCCACCAUAGCAGAGAGCCACAACGAAUUUGCCUGGCAUGAUCUUUCAACCCAGACGUUAAGCAACCCCGCGGGUGAUCUGCUGGAAGGCUGUGACCCAGGCAUUGGGUGCACGUAUCCAACGCAGAAGCUGGUCAUUUCACAGUUUGGCUUUGCAGCCGAAGCACCAAUGUAUGGCUCGGUGAACGAGAUGGUGGACGCUGGCUUGCAGCAACAGCUGACAGGAGAGCUUUACAAAGGUCUCGUGCGCCUGGACAGCUGUGCAGAAGCUGGUGUGGUGAUCGACGAGUGGGUUGACGACUGGGGCCGCUCAGAAGUCCUCGGUUGUCCUGGCAGCGUAUUUCAGCAUCCGCACACUGGGCCUUGUGACGAAGUCCGGCCGGGCCGUACUAUUCACCACGAGUGGUUCGGCCUGAAUGGGCAGUACACCUUCCUCAGCUUUCACUGCCUCGAUCCACGCUUUCACAGAGAGCACCCAUCCAAAUCGGAAGGGGACACGGUUGGUGCGAAUGGCUUCCGCUUUGAUGCCAUGCCGGAGCCGGCAAUAGAGGAGCAGAUAUGGAAUCUCCUACCAGGCGGCUACUGUGCUGUGAUGCACGAAAGCUUGUGGCUUCUGGGUCUGAACUUCGCCUUGUUUUUCUGUGGGGCUGCGCUGGAAGUCUUCUACUGGUGCAAGUGCUGUUGUUUCCGCAAGCUCGUUGCUCCCCCGAGAUCCCGGCUUCCGUCCCAAGCUCGUGCUGCAAUUGAUGGUCAGGCACUGCUCGAGGCAGAAGUAGCUUCCAGGACUCCAGAUGCCAUCGAGCUGGGGCGAUUUCAGGAGUUGAGAUCUGACGUGCCGGAUGACAAUAACAUCGUCAAGGCAGAAACGCACUUGAUCCUCCCGGAUGAGAUGUCAAAAGGGGCUGCGGAGGUCAUCAUCUGCAUGACAGCAAGCGUGGUCCGCGAGGGCAAGGUGCAGUUCACGACAGAGACCCUGCGUUUCUUUGCAGAGGCGCAUGUCAAGACCCAAUGCCGGCGCUUGAAGCUGCAGGUUGAGGCCGAAGGGCUCGCGCUGGAUGCUGAAUUCACUGGGCCUGGGCGCUUGUCGCGAGAGGAAUGCAUCAGCAGAGCCAUGAUAAACAUCCACGCUCGCGUGUUGGAGGGUUACUUUGUGUGGCUGGAAGCACAGCGGGACUUGAGAAACAAGGAGAAGCGGCUGAAAGCCAUGCUCGGCACUCCGCAGUCUAAACGGCCUCCUUGGAUGUUGUUUGCAGAAGCUGCAACCCUCCGUGUCGUGGAGAGCUUGUCAGAGCACGCCCUGCACUCGCCAGAGUUCAUCUCCAUGAUCUUCCACGGCAUGCGUUGGACGGAUGCGCUCUCUGAUGACAGCGCCUUCCUGCCUGACCUUGUUCGUUUCGCGGUGGACUAUGACGCACUUCACUCUGGAGUGGAUGCCAUGCGCAAGAACACCAAUCCGUUCACCGGAGGUAUCAACUUCGAUGACUUAAACGAUCUGGGCGAAGCGCGAGCUCCAGUUGAUGUCAACACGGUGCAGAAGACUUUCCUGGAAUCUUCGUCCUGGCGCGUGUUGUACGACCUGCUUGACAAUUUUGGGCCUGUCUUCACAGUGAAGCUUUGGGUGUUCUUCCUAGCCUUCUAUGUACAUCUUGGCUCACUGCCGGAUCAAGACGAUAGCUUCUUCAGCCCAAGAGGCAGCCGGUCCGAUGCCGUGCAGAUCAUGGCCCUUUUGGAUGCCAGCCUGCUGGUGUUGUCAGAGCUGGGCCUUCUGUGGCACGGACUUGCUCAGCGGCGCCUCUGCCGGAGCCCGGGCCGCUUCUCUUCGCAGGUGAAGCGGACGCACCGGAGGUGGACCCGAAGGCGGCUGCUGUCCGUGGUUCUCGGAUUGGUGAGCCUGGGGGGGAUGGUGAUCUUCGGCAAGGUUGGCCAAAACCUCUGCAAUUUGACUCCGGAGGAGACGUUUCACAAGGAGAAAGACUGCUCGGACACCUUCGCGAUUAUUUGCUGUUGCGUCUAUGCAGCGGUUCGGCUUCUGGUGUUCUUCAUCUUCAGCCGUCGUCGAAACAUCCCCUUCGUCCAUGGCACCCCAGCCGACCUGAAAGACAAGACAGCCCAGUUGAUAGAGCCGGAUGUGGACCAGGAGGCAAGCUCGGCGGACUCCUUCUUGACGGUGGUUGCCGAUGACCCACCAGACGCCUUAGAGAAGGAGGGCAAGGGUGCUGCUCCCUUGGUGGUUUGGGUAUUCGUGCUGGCUCUGUGCUUUGCCUUUGAGACGUUCUUCGUUGCUCCCCUGGUAUCCGGCUUUUCGUUCAAGGGGUUUUGCGGCGACACCUGCUCGAAUCGGCUGUUUGCCUGGACCCUCAGCGUGCCUGGCUUGGGGACCCUGCAUCCAUUACCAUCCGAAUGCGCGGCUUGCGGAUUGACAAUCAUUGCCAUCUACGCGCUGGUUGGCAUGACCGCCUUCCUUGAUUUGCACUUCCUUUUCUACUUGGUCAUUGGGAUUGGCGGAUAUGCCAUGGGCGAGCAUCGAGGAUUGCGAAACGUCGUCUCAUCUGCUUUGAGGCAUCUGGACCUGGAUGCGAGUGCUCGCCGUCAAGAGAUUCACGAGCAUGAGCUUCGGGACAUGAUUAGCGAUGGUCGCGCGAUGGAAGCCGUUUUCGGAAGUGCCUGGCGUCUGGUUUGGAGCUGUGCGGUGGAGUCGCUGUAUGAUGAUUGCUUGAUUUCCGAAGCAGCGGCCAACAGUAUGGUGAAUGCUGCGCACACCUUCCGCUGGAGCGAUAGUGCGGCUUCCAAAAGGCAGUUCUCUCAGGUGUCCCAGUGUUUUACGAGACUGCGCUUCCGAGCCACACAACUGCGUGGGGGCUCCUGGCAGCAAGCUGGACGAUCUUGCUGCAUCUCUGAAAUCCAGGUCAUUCAUGGAGCAAGAAGUCGGCCCAAACAAUACCCUGUGCAGAAAUGGGCUAUCAAGCAGGUGAAGGUUUCCACGCCAUCGGACCAUGCAGAGCUCAUGGAAGUUCUCGAUGACAGGCUGAUUGCCACUGCAGAUGUACCAGGCCUUGGCGUGAAGAGUGGAUGGCAGCUGCUGUCUCGCGGAGCAUCACAAGCAUCCCCUGCAGCUUCCGGCACAAGCACUCCGAACAGAGCGUCGGUGUCCAGUCGCGGGAGUGCACACGCAGGACCUCUGCGCAGAAACCUGACGAAGGCUGAGGACCUCGUGGCCUUGAGAAACGCAAGCAGUUUUCGCUUCCCGGCGGACCUGGAGUUCACUUACCCCGAAGAGUACCGGGAGGUUGAGGUGACAUUUGACAAGCCUCGCUGCGUUGCUGCCAUCUCCUUUUCAACCACUUCGGAUGACCGUCAGUUUGACCCGGUGUGUUGGGAGAUAGAUGGUUCGAUGGAUGGCCAGACAUGGAUGAGACUGCAGACCCAGCAAUGUGAGUUUGACACGCCGGUAGAGCGGCGCGAGCAUGUCGGGACGUACUUCGCAUCUGAACCAUGGAGGAAGCAGGGUGCUGUUGCGUCAACACAGGUGGACCUACAGAAAGUCCCGACAGCUGUCAGUGAACGGCUUUGCUUUUUUGCAAGUUCGCUGCGGGCUCUUCUGAAGCAAAGCAUCCGACCAGGGUUUCAGAUUCGACCAGGGCGCGAUACGCUGCUGGACAGCAACGCCGGGGCGAUACCGACCUUGACCCAGGUAGUUCCGAUCUACGAAGAGCAGGUCAUCCUCACUGAGGAGUUCCUCUGUGCUUCUGAUGGGCGCAACACGAACCUGGGCUUCCUCAUUGCGCAGGCAGAAGACCAGUGGGAGAUUUUCACACGCAAGCAUGGCAUGGAGCCGCGAGAGCUCUUCAACGCCUUCGUUCUCGGCGACCUUCGCGAGUGGGCACGGAGGGCAGAGGUGAACCAGGACUUCGAUCUCGUCGAUGAAAUCCGCGAGCUGAAUCUUCAGGUUCGACUUUGGGCAUCGCAGCGAUCCCAGACCGUCUACCGCACCAUAGCUGGGGCCAUUCAGUACCACAAAGUCUUGGAGAUGCUCCCAGCAGUUCAGGCAUCUGACAGCCCGGCCAAGACUUUGGCAGGCUUGGUGCAGCUCUUCAUUGCUCACCAGACCUACGGCAACAAGCAACAGAAGGAGAGCGUCGACCAAGACAUGCGACGGCUGCUCUGGCAGUACCGUCAUUAUCCAGUCUUCCUGGUAUGUGAUUACAAUGCAGAUCUUGCCAGGCCUUCUUUGAGGGAGAUGGUGACGUGUUACGUGGCCCGUGAGCACAAAUUCACCGGGCGACUUCAGUUUGCGUCUGUCCUUCUUGCCUUCAAUGAGAACUAUGUCAAGGGCCAGUCAGAGGAGAACAUCAUCAAGGUCGUGGAGGUGUUGCCGAGAGUCUACCCGCUAGUGCUUGGAGAGCUCGAUCCUCGGCCUCCAGCUGCCAAGACCCAGGGUAAAGCAGGCAACCAGCUGGGGGCGCUCCGCUUCGCGCCGGGUCACUUCUUGCAGAUGAUGGACGCGAACAUGGGGGCCUUCUUUGGGGAGGCCUGCAAGGUGCCCUUCGUGCUGCGGCACUUCCAGCCUCCGGGCUGCGACCGGAGGACCGUCCAAGCACGCAUCAUUGGCUUCCGCGAGCACAUUUUCACUGGAAGCCAUGGUGCAGUAGGUGCAGCCAUGGCCGACGCCGAGUGGACUUUCGGAACUAUCUGCCAGCGCUUUUUGGCAGGGCUUGGCGCACGCAUGCACUAUGGGCACCCGGACUUCUUCGAUGCCUUUUGGGCCUCCAACCGUGGUUCUGUUUCGAAGGCCUCUCCCAUCCUGAACCUUUCCGAAGAUAUCUUCGCAGGGUUCAACGUGCUCAUGCGUGGUGAAAAUUCAAAGCACGUAGACUGCCUGGAAUGGGAGAAGGGCAGAGAGGUGUCCUUCAACUCGGCAUCCUUGUUCUUCACGAAAGUGGCCAGCGGCAACGUCGGCGUCAUGCGUUCCAGGGAUCUGAAAGUUCUGACUGGAAGCUUGAACAUUGCCGACAGCUUCUCCUUCUAUUUUGCAUCCGUAGGCUUCUAUUUGUAUAAUGUGGUGACGGACCUCUCGAUGAGGAUCUAUGUCGUGAUCUUUGUGCUCUUGACACUGUCGUCAAAAAGUCUGGAUGACGUUGGCAAGCUGGAUUCCCUGCUAGCUGCCGAAUGGGUUAUAUCAUUCGGCACGCUGGCGAUGUUCCCACGUUUGAUGGAGCUGACAUUGGAGUUCGGAGUCAUGGAGGGCAUCAUUCGCUUCCUGCCAUCUGUGCCGGGGGCGGUGCUUGUGUUCACUUUCAUGAACAAGUCCAUUGCCGAAGCUGUGGGUUCAACGAUGCAGACGGGCCUUGCCAACUACAUCUCUACGGGACGACCAAUGGCAAACGACCACUACGGCUGGAGAGACUGCUACUUCUUCUACAGAGAAAGUCAUUAUUAUCCUGCCUUGCGCAUUCUGAUCAUGUAUUGCCUCUACAGGUUUCUGGCAGAGACCUUCACUGUGGCAGCGCUGCCCAUGAUGAUUCUGCUUGCAACAGCAUUGGUAUGGAUUGUUGGGCCUAUCCUUUUCUGCCCACAGCCGACCCUGUGGUCGAUUCGCGAUGACUUGUCUGAAUUUUGGUGCUUCAUCGUCGGUGCUUCGAACGCUGAUCGCCAGAUGGGCACGAAAGUCGUGAACCUCGAGGAGAGGCUCGCAGCGAGCAAGGCCGAUCCUCGAGCGAACUUGUACGACGUAUGGCUAUUCGACAAGCUGAAGCACAAGCGCGCUCCGGUCCAUGCGCGCAUGAUGGAAUUGGUUGUUGCCCUGUAUUUCUUCAUUGUCAUGCUUGCGGUCGUGUUUGGCACGAUGGUGGACCAGAUUCGUUCCGUCGUAUUGCUCAUAUUGGUGAACUACUUCAUAUUAGCUUUGUGGCGUGUCUUUGGCAAGCCUACGAUCCUCAUGAUGGUCUCCGGCAUGUUUUGGAUCUGCUCUGUGCCCGUGGUGCUGAACAGCCAGUCCUUAGGAGGACAAUAUGGGACUUUGCUUGUGGCCUUCAUUCUUACAUUUCAGGGCCUCAGCGUCAUCGAGAAGAUGCUGCUGCUCCUGGCCUGGGCUGUUCUUCGGCCGGACCCAGACUGCGCCUCCCUUCCGGAGACUACGUCGGCCGAGUUGGCACAGAAGAAAGAUGCAGCUCGAAAGGUCGAGUUGUAUGAUGCGCUGGUGGAGUACCUCUACCUGAAUUUCAUGUCUUAUCAGUGGCACCUCUAUGUCUCAAUCAUGCUCUUGGCUGCGAACCUGGUCACGCAGCUUUGCGUGGCAAUCAUAGAGAUGUUGGGAGGUCUCCAAUCCUGGUGGCUGCUCGGGGGCAAGCUCAAGGGAGGUUGCUUCCGUGUCCGCAGGCCAGAGUACAAACCGCCGGGCAAUGACUUUGACCCGCCAUCCGAGCGCCAAAGGCAGACUUCUGGACAGGAAGACAUAGCUCUCGAAGGAGAGGCAAUUUCAACGCCCAUGCUUGCCGGAACGCGCCUGGUCUGUGAUAUUAACUUUCAGUUAGCAGAAUCUGGUGCCAAGUGGUCCUCCAGAUCCACCUUGCAGGACUUCCUGGCACAUGUCGAGGAGAGACGAUUUCAAAGCACCGUCGCCGGCACCACGUCGGCGAGUUUGCUUGCAAUGAAAUCCUGGCCUGGCCCCCACAGAGACCGCCCAGAUGCUGCCAGAGCAGAGCUGCCCGCACAGAGCUGCAAAGGCGGUGGUAUCCGUGUUGCUUCACGGUCGGGGGUACAGCGGGGCUUCCGAUCUGUUUUACGGGCCGUGCUGCUGGACAGACUUGAUGUGUUGAUGGGCGUGGCUGAAUGUCAUGAGAAGGCUUUACCAAACGUCAAGGUGGUGUGCGACGAGGCCACGCCGCAGAGCAUCCUGGAGAUGGUGCAGCCAGCUUUGUCAGAUGGGAUCGAGAUCGAUGUGAUGAAGGUGGACAUCGACUCGUAUGACUGCCCGGUGCUGGAAACACUUUUGCCUGAGGUCAAAGCACGAAUAGUUCUUGUGGAGGCCAAUCCGUCCAUUCCGCCGCCGUACCAGUGGGCCAUGCUGUACCACCCCGAGCUGUGGCACUUUUUCUCGAGCUUCUCGAAGCCCGAGGAGGUGCCAAUCCGGGGAUGCUCACUUGCCUAUGAAGUCCAGCUGCUGCGGCGGUUCGGAUAUGACCUAAUUGCGUUCGGCGGUCAUGAUGCCGUGUUCGCCCACGAGUCAGUGCGGGAUGCCUUUCGUGUCUUCACUGAAGUACCCAUGGAUGAGUUUGAUUGCUACCUCAAGGUCGCCUCAUUCCAUGCACGCUCAUAUCAAACAAAGUUGCGAAUCUUGCAGCAGACAUCUUUGAUUCAGCAGCGUUUUCCGAAUAAUGCGUCUGCAGCCGCUCCUUGUUCAAGAAGAUCUGAGGGGUGUUGUUUUGGGAAGGGCAUCUCUGCCAUGGAUUAG